GUGUGGUGGGGGUGCUCUUAAUUCUGUUCCUCGCUUGAGGAAGGAAGAGAAUCUGAACUUGACUUCCGUUCUCAGCACAGAGUUAAAAAAAAAUCAUCCUCUGUUUAAUUCUGCUUUACAUUUUUAGAGGGAAGCCUAAUAAACUUAGGUAGUGCUUGAACGCACCCUUUGAGGAGCACACGGAAUAGUGAAGGUGCCUGGUCUGCAGAUGACCCAUGUUGCCAGUUAAUCAUGCAGCCAUAUGUUUUACCUGUUGGACAGACUAGGGAAGAGGUAAAGUCACUGGUCUUUUCAGCAGAGGCCACUGGCAAUCAGAGAAGCCCCCUGUGCCACGCCCUUGAUCUGCAGCUUCGGGAGGCCGGUGGACCUGGAGAAGGACGACUACCAGAAGGUGGUCUGCAACAACGAGCACUGCCCCCACAGCACCUGGAUGCACCUGCAGUGCUUCUACGAGUGGGAGAGCAGCAUCCUGGUCCAGUUCAACUGCAUCGGCCGCGCCCGCAGCUGGAAUGAGAAGCAGUGCCGCCAGAACAUGUGGACCAAGAAGGGCUACGACCUGGCCUUCCGCUUCUGUUCCUGCCGCUGUGGGCAGGGCCACCUGAAGAAGGACACAGACUGGUACCAGGUGAAGCGGAUGCAGGAUGAGAAGAAGAAGAAGUCAGGGUCCGAGAAGAACACAGGGAGGCCCCCUGGUGAGGUGGUGGAGGAGGCAAAAAAGUGCAGGCCCCCAAACAAGCCCCAAAAAGGCCUGAACCAUGACCUCCCGCGCCGGCAUUCCAUGGACCGGCAGAACUCCCAGGAGAAGGCGGUCAGCGCCGGGGCCUACGGGGGCCGCUCCCCCUGCGCCUCCCCCGGCCAGUCCCCACCCACUGGCUACUCCAUCCUCUCCCCUGCCCACUUCAGUGGCCCCCGCUCCUCCAGGUACCUUGGGGAAUUCUUAAAGAACGCCAUCCAUCUCGAGCCUCACAAAAAGGCCAUGGCCGGGGGCCACGUGUUCCGAAACGCCCACUUCGACUACAGCCCGGCGGGGUUAUCGGUUCACAGGGGCGGCCACUUCGACACGCCCGUGCAGUUCCUGCGGCGGCUGGACCUCUCCGAGCUCCUCACUCACAUCCCCAGGCAUAAGCUGAACACUUUCCACGUGAGGAUGGAAGACGACGCCCAGAUGGGCCAGGGCGAGGAUCUGCGCAAGUUCAUUCUCGCGGCCCUCAGUGCCAGCCACAGGAACGUCGUAAACUGUGCCCUGUGUCACCGGGCGCUCCCGGUGUUUGAACAGUUCCCACUGGUGGAUGGAACUCUGUUCUUAAGCCCCUCGAGACAUGAUGAGAUCGAAUAUGAUGUUCCUUGUCACCUUCAAGAUGAGCUAAUUUGGAGACUAAAGGUGAUUUCCCUGAUGGCCACUCUCAGCAUUGUGUCUCUGUGCACAGGGAGACUCAUGCAUCUGUACGCGGUGUGCGUGGACUGCUUGGAAGGAGUGCACAAGAUCAUCUGCAUCAAGUGCAAGUCGCGGUGGGAUGGCAGCUGGCACCAGCUGGGCACCAUGUACACCUACGACAUCCUGGCUGCCUCUCCGUGCUGUCAGGCCCGGCUGAACUGCAAGCACUGCGGGAAGCCGGUGAUCGACGUGCGCAUCGGGAUGCAGUACUUCUCCGAGUACAGCAACGUGCAGCAGUGUCCUCACUGCGGGAACCUGGACUACCAUUUUGUGAAGCCAUUUUCCUCCUUCAAAGUUCUGGAAGCUUAUUGAUGAAAGCUUUGCUUUGGUAAUAGCUAUUUUAUUGAUCCUGUUACUUUAUUACGUAUCUUUUCUAGGGAAACAUUCUGUGAUGCUCAUUUCUUUUCUAACGUGAAGGAGAGUUCCUUCGGGUGCGUGGCCACGCACGGGGCCACCGCGGCCUCUGCUGGCUGCCGAGGGUCAGUCUGCGGUCGCGGCAGAGCCCGGUGGGCAGUCCAUGACUGCGGCGUGGGGUCACCGCACAGA